AUGGGUUCAGAGUAUGAGCGACAGCGACUGAAGAACAUCGAGGAGAACAACCGUCUUCUCGAGCAACUUGGACUAGGCGAGGCGUCGAAGGAGGUGUUUGGGAAGCGAUCGCACGACAGUGAUGAUGCGAAACCCAGGCAGCAGAAACAGCAGAAGCAGCAACCAGCCAAGAAGAGGGUGAAGAGGGAGGAAGAUGCAGACAAAGCAGUUGCUGCAGACCCACCCAGACGUUCGAGCAGACGCGUUCCUACGACCGAAGAAGACAAGAAAGCGAGCCGCGAGCAGCUAGAGACGGAACUAGAACGCGAAGCACAACGCAAAGAUGAAAAGCGGAGAAUUGAGCACGAAACGCGUAGGAAUGAUAUGCCCAUACUCGAGCUACUUAAGCGCGAUCCGGUAGAGUACAUACACAGCAAGAAGUGCGGCGAGAGUGUGAAAAAGGAGGAGAAAGCCAAGAAGGAGGAUGAUGAGGAUGAGGAUGACGAAGAAGAUGAUGACGAGAAUGAUGAGCUAAUAGCGAAGGAGCUUUCAGGCUAUUUGGCAUCACGACCAGCCAUUCCACGUCCCAUACAUUCUGUCGAAGAUGAGAAAGAUACGAACAGCAGCGAUUCAGUGCACAAGUACAAAGAAAGAGCCAAUAGUUUGGUAUUCAAAACGAUUCAAAAAGUUACCUCAAAUCGCAUUCACAGCAUGCAGUACCAUCCUGACAAAGAAAGUGAUCUGGUGUUUGCUGGUGACAAGUACGGUCAACUUGGCAUACUAAAAUAUGACGCCGACAAGGACACGGCGCAGAUAUGGCGUUUGCAGCCACACGUGAUUGGAUCACCUAUUUCCUGCAUACGAUUUGAUGCUAGCGAUAGUAGGAAGGCAUUCACGACCAGUUACGACUGCACAAUCCGUCAAUUAGACUUCGAGAGUGGGCUAUCGACCCAACUCUUCCGUAGCAACGACGGAUACGAACAGGAGACGAAUAGGCUAAUCACACAUCUCGACAUACCCCAUCAAACGCCCUCGCUGCUGCACGCAGCUGACAACGGAGGCGGACUGUCGCUAAAAGAUAUGCGUGAAUCCCGCGAUAGGGGUGUGCGGUAUGUGUUGUCCAAGAACAAACUCGGAUCCGUCUCUAUCAACCCCUCCAACGAGCAGCAGGUAUGUGUAGCCUCCAACGACCACGCUGUACGUAUAUUCGACAUGCGAAUGGUUAAGAAACAUUGCAAUACACUCGAACCUAUUACAGAAGAUGAAGACGAUCUACCGUACUAUGACAAUCGCGAGGAAAUUGGCAUGUUGCAUAGAACCAUCCACGGGAAAGCUGUCACAUCGGCUUAUUACUCUCCAACGGGAUCCAACAUUUUGUCAACGUCUUUCGACAACACAGUUAAGGUGUUCGACGAUAAACUCAACGUUGUCAAUUCGAUCAAACACAACAACGAAACGGGGAGAUGGUUGUCGGUUUUUAGAAUGCAGUGGAUUAAUCCAGCGCCAUGGACUGGUGUCCCCACCUCUUUCAUCACUCCUUCUAUGAAGAGGUCGUUGGAGAUGUGGACAAUGGGCGAUAGAGCACCGUCUGCUGAUUUAGUUGAUACGGAGAAUAUCACCGCUGUACCGGCUGUCGUAUCGGCGAAACCCUUCACUGGACUCGACGAUUUGAGCAUCGCAGGCGGUAAUGGCAGCGGGAAAGUUGUUCUCUUCAUGUAA